AGAUCACUUUAAUUUCUGUUUGUAGAUUUUUCUUUCAGUUUUUUGAAACUCCUUUUCUUUACCAUCAUGACCUGAGGUGAAAAAUGGACCUAUGACGAAUGCGUGAAUCACCCUCUUUCCUGUGUUGUCCAUUCUUAAAGGGAAGUGAAGACUUGCUUGUACAGCACUUUGGUUUUUCUUUUCAUGCAGACGCUACUGUCAGCACAUACACUUGCAGCAUGAAUAACUCAACUGAGCUGUCUUCCUCAGAGGAAAUUACCAUGGCCCCUGAGGAGUUUGACGGUGGGACUGCAGUGGCUUGUGUGAUCCUGGGCCUGUCCUUCCUAGUAGGAGCUCCGGGGAACCUGCUGGUGAUCUGGACUAUCCUAAGACACGUCAAGCAGCGUUCCCACACUUUGGUGCUCAUCCUGCACCUGGCUGCUGCAGACCUGCUGGUCCUCAUCACCCUGCCUCUAUGGAUCUACUCCCUGGCCCACCACUGGGUGUUUGGAGAAGCUUGCUGUAAAGCCAUGGUGUUCGUGAUCAACGCCUGUAUGUAUAGCAGCGUUUUCCUCAUUACUCUCAUGAGUGUGGAACGCUUUGUGGCUGUGCGCCACCCCUUUUCCUCGGCUGGCUGGAAAAGGAAAAAAGCUUUAAAUAAAGUUCUGCUAGCUCUGUGGACUGCAGCAUUUGUGUUCAGCAUACCGGUCAUCCCAACUCAGGUUGUAGGGACGGAUGCUGGUGAGGAGCACUGUCUGUACCGGCUUUACACUUCUGUCACCCAGGAGCUGGUGUGUGUGCUGCUAGAAACACUCCUGGGCUACAUUAUACCCCUCAUCAUCCUCGUGGUCUGCUAUGGCUGCCUGUGCAGCCGGAUUACUCAGAUGAGCUUCAAGUCUAAACGCAAGUCCACGGUGCUGAUUGCCAGUAUAGUGGUUGUGUUUGCCAUUUGUUGGACGCCUCAUCACAUAGGAAAUGUCCUCUCACUCAUCAUCCUGGCUACUGAAAACUCCCUCCCGGACGCAGCGGAGAAUCUGGAGAGCGUCAGGAGCACCAUGACUUUCAUCGCUGGAGCCAUGGUCUUCAUCAGCAGCACUGUUAACCCCAUCCUCUACAUGUUUGCGGCUCGCUCCUUCAGAAGCUCCCUGCGGGACACCGGUAUCCAGAAGCUUUUCCGCCAUAUCUCCAGCACCUCCCCAGGUGAGGGCAAUAAAGAGCUGUCCUUUGUGUCCAAGAGACAGACCAACAGUUCUCAGUGUGUGUCUGAGCCGAAAGACCAACUGGACAUUAAAUAAAAAUGUGUAAAAAUAAUCUGUCCUGGUACUGAACAUGUGUAGAUAUUCAUGUAUACU